AUAUAAUAUCACUGUUUAAUAACAAAACAUUCGGAUUUAUUGAUAAAAAAUUGUUUUUUUGUCUCUGUCUAACACGUUUGUUUCCGUAAUUGACCUUCUCUGUCUCACACGAAAGACUGGUUACGUUGAAGUAGGGCGCUUGCCGCGUCCGGACCGAGUCGAGAUCUCGGAGAGUGGUGAUACGCACCUCGCGGGAAACAUGCUCGUAUGACAAAUUGCCGCCAAAAUUCAUAUUUAAUUUUCGAACUUUUUAUUUUCGACUAUUUUAUUUUUACGAACGAUUGUGCUUUGUGUUAUAGUGAAUAUUGAAAAAUUAUUUAUUGUUCUCAUUGUGAUUUCUUGAUUUGUGAAUUACAAUAAGAAGAAAUGGCCCGAGGAAAGAGUCAAACUCAACGCAGUCGUUCGUAUGAGUCGGAUGACCAUGAGAGGGGGGCGUGCGAAUGGUGCGAGUAUGCCCUGGUCAUCACGCUUGCGACCAUCCUGCUGAUCGGCGUCUCAGCCCUAACUGUCUUCUGGGUAUUCUACUACCGUGAGGGCUAUGCCUGGGCUGACGAUCUGCCUGAUAAGCAGUUCAACCUGCACCCAACGCUUAUGGUGGCUGGAUUUAUCACCUUCAGCGGUUUCUCCGUGCUUCUGUACCGCAUCUGCCGAUGCUUCAGACGCAUCUACGUCAAGUUGCUGCACGCCAUCUUCCACGCGUUGGCGUUCCCUUGCAUCGUCAUCGGAUUCCUGGCAGUGCUGGACUACCACAACAAGAAGGGGAUCAACAACUUCUACUCGCUACACAGCUGGAUCGGUUUCGUCGCCAUGGGACUGUUUGGAAUACAGUACGCUGUCGGCUUCUUCAGCUUCCUGCUGUUGUUGAUCUGCAAUAAGGGAACUGCUGGUUUCCGUGCCUCCCUGGUGCCAAUCCACGCAGCCUUCGGAAUCCUCACCUUCGUACUUGGUGUCUGCGCUUGCCUCACUGGACUUACUGAGAAGGCUCUCUUCAGUAUUGGGAGCGAGGUCUACGCAACGCUCAACAACGAGUCCAUCGUGGUCAACGCCAUCGGAAUGUCGGUGGUAGCUGUCGCCAUCUUGGUGCUGUACACAGUCCGUGGUACAGGUGGCUACCGUCUCCGCAAGGUCGCCGCACAGCACCCCAGCUAAACAUCCGGGACAACCGCCGUAGACGUAAUCCACAACAGUUUGGUGACAAAUUCUUAGGGAAAUCUGAUGAGUGUGGUUAUGGGUAGCAAUUGGACAGCGAAAACAAGCUCUAGUU